CAGCGGCGGCGGAGGAGGAGGAGGAGGAGGAGGAGGUGGAGGAAAAAUCGUCCCACCGUCGAGGAUCGCCCAGACGAGCGACGUCGACGACGACGAGGACUCGAGCAGCUCCAGCUCGAGCUCGAGCAGCUCCGGCAGCGACAACAGCGUACUGCCGGGCCUGGCGGUGGUCGGCCAGCAGCGCAGAAAGAGUUUAGCGAAGAAAUUCAAGACGACGACGAAGACGCAUGAUCAUCAAUUGUACCAUCGGCUCGUCGAUCGUCACCGCAGACGCUCCGAGCUUGAUAACAGCAACAAUAUCGUCAAAGUGGAGCUACAGCAGCAGAUCAAGCAGCAUCAAGAAGCAGUGGCAGCAGCGGCAGCGGACGCGCUCAACGCCAAUCUGGAGCUGUUGCCCGGCAGCGGCUCGCAGGCUAGCAGAGCAGCAGCCGUCGUCACGGACCAGCACGAAAAUAUGAUUGACCUCGAGCGAGACACCUCCGAGAGGUGCAACAGAAAGCGCACGAAUGGCCGCAAAAAGUCGAGCACACUGGCGUCGAGACGUCAAUCGAGCUUCGGCCUCGACGCACUGACGACGACGACGACGACAGCAGCGGCAACAGCAGCAGCUACGACGGCGAUGACGGCGACGUCCAAUAAUACGUUGACCUCAACGCUGACGUCCCCGCUGACGGAUAACGUAUCGAAGCAGCAGCUGCAGCAGCAUAUCGCCAGCAACGCGGUUGCUGUGACCGCAACGACGACGACGACGUCCUCGAGCUCGUCGUCGGCUUCGGGCCGUAGCGAGGACGUGGCUCAGGCGCAGUCGUCCCAAAUGGACGACAGCGGCGCCGAGGAGAGUCCCGUCUACAUACUCACGUCGUCCAAGGGCGAUCGCAGCUACAAGCUCAGGGACUCAAGAAUAAUCGAGAUAGCUGGCGGCAGAGAAGUCUUUUCUCAGAGUCGAGGGAAAGUAGCUGCUCGUAAACCACGUUUUCUGGCUGCAUCAAAUUCAUUGAACAAUACUGAGGGUCAGACAGACAACAAAGUAACCUUAAAGAAGAAUAAUAAGUCACCCAAUAGGCAGUCUGUAUGGGAACUAGGAAGUCGAUGUGGGGAGCAGAGGAAACAGCGAGUGCAGCGAGAGGUGACAGAGACAGUAUUCUCCAGCGAGGUCCACUCGGUGCGCAGAAAUCCUGGCAAAUCAAUCCUUGACUACGAAUCACCAAAGAGGCAUACAAGUCAUAUACUUAGUUAUGAUUCUAUAUUGAAUAGCAACAAUGUAGAGCAUAAUGUGACCAGGCCCAAGAGCAUUACAGAUCUUGAGUAUGGAUUGCCUAAAAAUUGCUUAGAUUCAUUGAACUACCCGACGUCGAAUCACAACACGACGCCGGGUCGUAUGAACAGUCGUGGCCUGUCACUGGUCAAUGACGGUGAAGUUGUUGUUUUUGAUGACAUUGACGACAAUUGGAUGAGCAUCACUGCUACGUCACUACAACAGCAGCACGACGAAAUGCUACAAUCGCACUCGGCUUCUUUGAAAACGAGAACUCCCCCAAGCUCGAGUGCUUGCAGCACUCCCAGUCCUGGAGCUACUUAUCAUCGAAAUUCGACAGAUUUUUUCAAGAUGGUACAGCCAACAAACGACUGCGACUCAACGAAUGACAUAGUGUCAUUGGACCAACAACUUGGAAAUCAUAAACCUAUCACCAUGGGUGGUGGUUCGCGUCAACUAAUCGGCGAAUUACCCAUUGCCCAGUACACCAAUAGUCCUCGACGUUAUGGUGUGCGUUCCGACAGUAAUGCCCGAUUGCCUACAUUACUCGCUUCACCUUCAUCCACGUCGGUAUACGUAGCUCCCAGACCUGGUUUUCCACAACGCGUACUGCCCACUACACCGAGCCAAAAAGAGCCGAAAGAAAUAUCAGAAGUCAAUAAUGGCGAUUUGAUACUUGAAAAUAAUUCGACAUUAUCGUUGUCUCCUAUUCAUCAGAAUAAUAUAGCGGCCUCGCCGCCACCUAUCGAUUUAUCAUCGUCUCCGCAAUUACUUAUGAAUUCGUUGAGCUUCACACCGAUAUCGACGUCACCGAUUGCUUGCGUCAGAUUGGGAACAAGGGAAGACGACGAAGAUGCCGAGGCGGAGGAAGAAGAAGAUGAGCGCGACGUCGACGAGGAAGAGGCUGUUGACGCCGACGGCGAAGAGGAAGAACAGCGCGAACAACCGGCUGCUCUCGAAAGGAGAUCGGAUAGUCCUUUGAAGUCGUUUGUGUUGCCCAGUGAAAAUAAUCUAAGUAGCUUGGAGUCAUUGGGCGGCAGUACGUUCGACUACUUGUACGAAUUCUCAGAGACGAGAAAAGUACUCGAAGAGUUCUUCAAAUGUCCAGCUCCAAGCGAAGAUAAAGAUAGCGCCGAAACAUUCCCAUUUCAAGAUCUCGAUUAUGAACUUCGAAGACAAGGUGGUAGUGCCUACGUUGGCCAGAGACUGGCCACUGUACCACCGUCAACAGAGGAAGUUCUGGUACAUGAGUCUCCCAAGAAGCACAAAAUUGACAUCUCGCAGGCCGAGCACGAGAAUAACUUUUUGGACUUGUCCGUGGGUACAGGCAGCAGUGGAGAUCUUGGUGAGACAGAAGUCGGUCUGCAAGUCGGUCACUCGCGAAAUUUCACUCUUAGUCCAGAAACUACCGAGUGCGAUAGCAACUGCGGCGAUCUUGACAGUGAAAUGUCUCUGAUGAUGAUGGACAAUGAACUGAUGCCGGCCAGUGGUCUACUUGGAUCUGUCAAUGAUCUGGGCAAUAACAGUGAUUCGCUGAGAAUAUACACGAGCAUGCCGGUAUUAGAGGACGGGUUGUCUAGCGGUCACGCGAGCGACACAGACAACAACAAUCCCACCGUUAUACUGAUGAAACGUCAGAUAAACGAGAUCGAUAAAGAGAUUACGCAAAAGACUCGUAACGAUUUGCUUGCCACCGAUACCAAUGAUAAUUCCAAGGAUAUCAGUUUACGGCUCCAAAAUGUGUCACCUGAGCUGUUUAUAACGAAAAAAGAAAACUCUUACGAUGCAACGAGUGAGCUGCAACUGGAUGGCUUAGAUCCAUUAGUAACCCCGCCGCCCCCAGCUCCACAGAGCCGACAAAGUCUAGGACUGAUGGAACAAAAUAAUUGUCUGCUAAUGAGUGGCAAUGGUACUGGUGGAGGCGAAGUCGAAGCCGCAAUCAAAGACAUAAGACUCACGUUACAACGGACGAAAACGUUACCUAUUGUGAAAUCGCCGCAUAACGAACCUCCCGAGCCAAGUGUCAGUCCAAUUUGGAUACCUAGAUCUAGUUUGUUGGACGGCAGGCGGAGAAUAUGCAACAAUGAGAGCAACAGCGAGGAUUCGACCGACGCCGUGCGGCGCAAGAAUGACGUCGACGCCGAGCUCGAAGCCGAAGAGGCUGCUGACGAAGAAGAAGCAGACACAGAUCUCGAGACCGAUAGAUUACUAGGCCAACAGCGAACCGACGAUCAAGGUUUCUACGACGAUAAGGGCUGGCGCAAGCCCAAAACCAGGACACUUCUGCCAACGUCGUUGUCGUCGUCGGAUCGCACCAAGUCCAAGCAGCAGACGUCGUCGUCCAGCGCCGGUCUCAUAACGAACAACAUGAGCGUCGUCACUGGAGUCGGAAAAUCCACGUCGCUGAAUUCGCAUGACACGCUGCAACUGAACGCCGCCGAGCCACUGGCCUCGUGCUCGAGCUCGCCGCAGACCAACAAGAACGUCCUGAGCAAUUCGCUGACCUCGCCGACGUCGACGACCAAUAACGCGUCGGGGAUCACUACGCAAUCGGCCAUAGUGGCAUCGGUCGUUGCCACGACGAACGCCGUGAGCUCCGCCAAAACGAAGAACGGCGGUGGCGGCGGCGGUGGCACAGGCAGUCCGGUCGGCUUGCAGAAAAAUACCAGUCCCUCAAACGGAGGCGCCAAAGUGACGGGCACGACGACGACGAGCUCGUCGUCGCCGCAGUCGAAGCAAUCUCCGACGUCACCAAAUAGCUUGAGCAAGGAAACCGUCACUAAGGUGAAACAUCAAAAGGAUAAGGAAAAUAAAAAGAAGAGCCGGAAUAAAGAAGGUCUGCUCGCCGAUCCGACAGUUCUCAUCGAAGGUGUGCUGUUUCGCGCGAGAUACCUCGGCUCGACUCAGCUGGCCUGCGAGGGACAGCCCACGAAAUCAACGAGGAUGUGUCAAGCCGAGGAGGCAGUUUCCCGAAUCAAGCCCGAGGACGAGGAUGUCGUCUCCUCGCCCGUUGUCGCCGUCGGCGAUGGCGACGACGACGACUACCGUCAACAACAACAACAGGCCUCGCAAGACAUGACGUUCGCCCAAGUUUCGGCGUCCUCCGAGGAGGACGACUGCGACUCGAGCGAAGAACUGAUGGCUGCCGAGCAACAAAAACAGCAACAGCAGCAACCUCAGCAAGCUAAAAAUCAACAGCAUACAUUGACUAGCGGCUCUGAGCCCGUGGUUUUUAGAUUGCAAUUUUUGGGCAGCGUUGAGGUCGACGAGGAGAACGGCGGUGGUCGUCGUAGACGCAAGAGACUCAAGAAGCAUAUGGUUGAGGAAGCCGUUACCAAAAUCAAGGCUCUGGCACCCGAUGGCGAGUCGCAACCCAGCACGGAAGUCGAUCUGUUUAUCUCAACGGAAAAGAUCAUGGUGCUGAACACGGAUCUCAAAGAGAUUAUGAUGGAUCAUGCGCUGCGAACGAUAUCCUACAUAGCCGACAUUGGCGAUCUGGUCGUGCUGAUGGCCCGUCGGCGCUUCGUGCCCCACGAGAUGGACGAAGCUCCGAAGAAUCGCACGCCCAAGAUGAUCUGUCACGUGUUCGAGAGCGAAGAGGCGCAAUUCAUCGCACAGAGCAUCGGCCAGGCCUUCCAGGUCGCUUACAUGGAAUUCCUCAAGGCCAACGGCAUCGAGGAUCACAGCUUCGUCAAAGAGAUGGACUACCAGGAGGUACUGAAUUCUCAGGAAAUCUUCGGCGACGAGCUGCAAAUGUUCGCGAAGAAGGAGAUGCAAAAAGAGGUCGUCGUACCCAAAGCCAAAGGAGAAAUCCUCGGCGUAGUCAUCGUGGAGUCCGGUUGGGGCUCGAUGCUGCCGACGGUCGUCAUAGCGAAUCUGGCGCCGUCGGGAGCCGCCGCUCGCUGCGGACAGCUCAAUAUCGGGGAUCAAAUAAUAGCCAUCAACGGCGUCUCGCUAGUCGGUUUGCCGCUGUCCACGUGCCAGACCUACAUUAAAAAUUCGAAAAACCAGACUGUCGUCAAGCUCACCGUCGUCCCGUGCGCUCCCGUCGUCGAGGUGAAGAUCAAGCGACCCGACACCAAAUACCAGCUAGGCUUCAGCGUUCAGAACGGCGUGAUCUGCAGUCUGCUGCGCGGCGGUAUCGCGGAACGCGGCGGCGUGCGAGUCGGUCAUCGCAUCAUCGAGAUCAAUAAUCAGAGCGUCGUAGCGGUGCCGCACGAAAAAAUUGUUAAUCUACUUGCUACGUCCGUCGGCGAGAUCUUGAUGAAGACCAUGCCGACGUCGAUGUUCAGGCUGCUGACAGGUCAGGAAUCACCUGUGUACAUAUAAACACGUAUAGUUGAAUGAAGUCGUCAGCUAUGUCGAUGAAGCUAAACACAGACAAUAUAUGUGCCGGGCAAAAUUUUCGCUACUGCUGCUGCUGCUGUUGCUACACAUUCGCGUGAACCUUUAACUGCAGUAGUGGGAAAAAAGUACCGAUAAUAGAGUAAGAAAAAAAGGGAAAUCAAAUCAAGAACUAGAACACAAUAAUCCGAUAAACGUCGGAUUGCGCUUGAUUAUAAUGUUAAGCUACUAUGAUUCUUCGCUAAGGUCAAUCGGUCUAUACGAAGUACGGAAAUUCUUUCGUCGUUUUUUCGUGCAUUAAAUGAUAAACAUAAAUACACGUAUAUCAGUUCUACAUCCUUAAUUUUUUACUUUUGAUAUAGUCUACUUAUAAUGCGUGUAUUAGAAUCUUUCAUUUCGUCACGAUAUAGUUUUCACAAAGUGACGACGUUUAUAUUCGAAAUUAAAUCUCAGUCUCCGCUAAAGUAUUAACGCUUUCUUUACAAUAAAUGAAUAUGAAUAAUUUUUACGGACAUCCAUGUCGAAUCUCGAGCACAAACAUGACGCUCGCAUGUAAACUUAUAAUAGACACACAAGAGAUCCAAUUGCUAUGCACACAUUGAAAAUCGCGCUCAAGCGUAUUCAUGAAUGCAAAAAAGAUAAGGUGAACGAAAGAAUUUCAGUACGACAGCAACAUAUUAUAUUAUAUUAUAUGAAGUAAUAUAUAAAUAUGAUACAAAUCAAGGCUACGUAAUGACAGAGGUAUGAAAUCAUAAUAGUUUUAAGGCCAAGCAAAGAAAAUAAUUAGAUGCACAUGAUUUUAAAUAUAGCACAAAAACUCAUCUUAAAUCGCUAUGAAGUCUGAGCAUGUUCGUGUGUGUAAAGCUAUAAAACUGUAUAAUAUUAAAAUUAAUAAGUUAACUAGACAGAUAAUAGUUUUAUCGAAGAACGAUUUAUUAAUGAUUUUGAAUGUAAUCUUGCGUACCGAAUAGAAAAGCAGAAAAUUUAAGCGAGAAAAAUAAGAAGCUCUACGUGUAUGCAAUCAUGGAAAUAAUUGGGAAACCAGUAAUUAUAAGUCAGUCUAUAAAUAUAAAUAUAUUAUAUAUACAUCGUGAUGGAUUUCUCUUAAGAAAAAUAAUAAUUUGUACUAAUGUAACGUAACUAUACGAAUACUAAAAGUAUAAAUAUAUCGACGUGAAAUUCAUGUCAUGGUAUAUAAUUGAAGCUUUUUCGAAUCUGACUGUGUAUCUUAUUGAUUAAGCGCAAGAAGUACAAGAACAGUAAAAAUCAACGUAUUGCACUGCCUGUUUGUACCUUGUUUGUUUUUUUAUAACUUAUAUCAUGAAGAGAGAAAAUAGCAUUAUAGUGAACAAUAUUUUCAAGUAAAAAUGUUUAAUUGUUUUGUAAGAACUGUAAAUAUUAUAAAGGGCAGAAUCUUAGCGAUUCUUAGUAGCAGCGAUUACGUUUAGGUAUCGCCUACAAACUAUAGCUCGUAACCGUGAAACAAGGUAAUUGCAUCAGUGCAAUCGUAGCUAAAAAAAUAUUUAUUUUUGUGACAACGGAAGAGAAAAUUACCAAAAGGACAUGUAAACAAAUCGACUAUAGAUGAUAUUCUAAAUUUAGACUUAUUCCAAAGAGAGUUAAGGAAAAGAUUAUAUAUUUAUCGCCAUACUGCAUAUUCCUGUUCAUUUUACUCGAAUUAGAAAAUAAAUGAUUUUUUUACAACGUAUAACCAUAUAAAUUGUAGCAAUUGUGCAUUCGCGUUGAUAUUUACUGUACGUACUUCACGCAAAAAAAAAAUGAAACCGAGGAAGUAAACUCCUUUUAACUGUCCUUGAGUUGCUUUAUAUUGAAAAAGGAGUGUGUACAGUGUUACACAGAGUGAUUUAUAAAUCACAGAUUUAAGAGAAGCUAUAAAACUUUGCUAUAAAAGAAAAUUAAAAAAUAUCAUAUUAUAUAUCAUAGGUUGUCUUAUACUGACGCCUGUCUCUACCGAUCAGUAACGCAAUAGCACGUUUGUAACUAUUGUUAUGUAUAUUUUUGCUUACAUGACUUUUCGAGUUUAUAAAACCCAAAUAACAAUUCGCUUUAUAAAUGUGUACUUUGAACGAUGAUUGAAAUUCAACAGCUCAAAGCUUCGAUUGUAUUCAUAAGCGUUUUAUCAUCAAAAUGGGUUGAUUUCGAAGCCAAAGUACGUGGAAAAAUAAGCGUUAGCAAUGAUACAUUUUAUGAAGUAUGAUAUUCAUAUAUUUUUUGGUUUAUUUAAUUCUUUUAGUACCUACGUGACGACGUAAUAAAUUGUGUACAAGUUGAGUAUGUUUUAGGAAAAUAUUUUAUAAGUUUACAUUUUUAAUGAAACGUUACCUUUUGAUAAAUCAACACGAAAUCUGGCCAUUUUUGAGUUGAGAUUAUGGCGAUGUUACCGAUCAUCGUAUAGAUUAAUAGUUUAUAUUCUGUUCUUUAAUUAAACGAUAUUGCCAGUAGAAAGUAAAGAAUAACUCAUACAGCUAAUUUAUCAGAAGCACAUUAUAAUAAGCUGAAAUGCAUUUCGAAUGGAUGCACGUGUACCUGUUGUUUGGAAAUAAUCAUAAAUGAACGAUUCCAUACUCUCAUGAAAGUAUCGUCGUUGCGUUGGUAGCAGUAUAGUAAUUUAACUCUCUCGUUCCUCUCAUAAUUUUUUUUUGUAUACGAAAAAAUUAUGAGUACAUGUAAAAUGUAAGCGCGCGAGUAAAUGAAAACGAAAUUAAAAACGAGACGCUUUAUUUGAGAUAAAUCGCUCAUCCAUUUGCAUAUCAGUCGAAAUGAGUCACGUGUAAAAGGAUCAAAUUAUCGUGAAUAUGUACAUUUUUAAAAAGUUACGUGUGAUAAUGCGAUUAUAAAAGUAACUAUUACGUAAGAUAAUCUUGUAUAGAUUAGUAAGAUAUACAGUAGAUAGCAAUGACGUUAUUGUAAAUGGUUGAGAUGAUGGUUGAGUGUGAAAAAGGUACGUCUUGAACUUGAUCCUACAAUUACAAAUGUAACCUCAACAUUGCAUUAAACAUGAACUUAUGUAUUUGCGCGCAAAAACGCACGAAGAGAAACUCGCUAAAAUGAAUCGUUCAUUCAUUAAAAGACAGUGAAUAUCAUUUCAAUGAAGUAAAAGUACAAUUUAUAGAAACGCUUGUGCAUUCAUAUCUUAUAAUCGCAUAAAAUAUCUAGCCUUAUCGUUAGGUAUGGUUUAUUUAUUUAUGAUCAAAUUUUUUAUUUAAUUCUUUUAUUUCAUGAUAGGGAAAAGAGCGGCAGUAAAAAGAAGGUCGUGCACAGAAGUCAAACUUCGUUGAAUAUAAUGAUAAGAUCAUGUUGUUGUAACAUAUAAAAUAUCUAGUCAAAAAAAGCUUAUGGAAUCGUAAUGUAUCAAGGCAAAACAAUUCAGAUUCGACGUGCGAUAUUUUAAGUGUAAUAAUUAUGUAUACAACUAUUCCCUAUUUCUAUUUUUUCACUUUUGUCCAUGAUGCGUUAAGCUUGCCGUUUUUAUAAAUACUUUUUUUCUGUAUUAUUAAGCAGCCCAACGUUUCUUUUGUACCAACGCAUAUUACAUGCAUUUAACAGGAGCAUUUUGACGCGCAGAAAAAAAUAACUCUGAAAAUGCUUCAAAAAUAUUGCAUACUUAUCAUCCAUUACAAACUAUGCUAGAACAUUACAAUCACGCUAAUUUUUUAAACUCUCAUUUUUAUUCAUUAUUCCUACUAUCAGGAAACUGUAUCCAUUUAUCUUUAAUUCAAAGAAAAAUUAAGGUACUGGGAUGAAAAGAAUAUGUAUAUAUGUGAUUCGGUGAUAGUCGUACCAAAUUGAAAUGAUCUUUAUUUAAACGAAAAAAAAUGUUAUUUAAGCCAGUGAUAGUGAAUAGUAAAGUAGACAACAUGAGUUUAUUGACUGCUGCCCGGGACGAAUUAUAAAGAAGUAAUAAACAAAAAUAAGAAAUAGCAACGUAAACUAAAUUUUCAAAAAAAAAAAAAAAAAAAAAAACUGAGACUGUCUAAAAGAAAUUGUUCAUUAAUGAAUCCUAGUUUUUAGAAAUGCUUCGAUUCGUUUAAUUUUGUUAGUUUUGUUAGAGUGAUUAUCCAUUAUAUCAAGUUUAUGCAGAAGGUGGAAAUAAAAAACACAUGAAAAGCGCGCUGAUCUUUUAAUGCAGAAAAUAAUUAUUAUUAAUGAAUAAAUGGUUGACAAAUUAUAUAAUAUAUACUAAUGAUAAAUGAGCAUCUGGAGCUUUUUGCAUUAAAAAAAUUUUCAAAAUUACGCGUGCGCUUGAUUAUAACAAAAAUGAAAAAAAAGAUUCAACUAUAUAAUAAAUACCUAAAGCAUUAUAAGCGAGACAAAAAAUAACGGUGCAUAAGUGAAGUUUCUUUAAGAAAAACAUAGACAAAGAGAUAACACAAACAUUUAACUAUAAUAAAUAUAUUAUAAUGAAAACAGUAAGAUUGAAUGAUGAUAACAUACUGGGCUAUAUUGUGUGAAAUGAGGGCAAUAGAAAAAAGUAAGAAUUAUAUAUAUUAUAUAUAUGAAAAAAAAAAAAUAAAAAAAAUAACAACUAUACAUAAAGAAAAGUUAUAGAGCUUGUGCUGAUUAUAGCUUUGAUGACAGGUCAUGAUAUAUACAAAGAUGAUUUUGAAAUUGCAUAAUGUUUUUGAAGAGGUUGACUCAAAUGAGCAAAGAUUGAUGAGGAAAUUGAAACGACAAGAUUAAAAUGGGUAAAAAAAAAGAUUCAUGACUAAUCUUUAUCAAUGUUUGUGAAUGUAUUAUAAGUUAUGUUAAAAAACAAAAAGUAAGCGAGCUAUUGAAUGUGUACAUGGUAAUACUAUACUAGUCCAUACAAAGACAACAAUAAACGGUAAUUUUGAAUUCAA